CGGGGUUCUCCAUCGAACAACGCACGCACGGCCAUUGGAAUCCAAAUCGAAAAUCGAGGGCAAGAGGGCGAAGGCAGAGGAGUAGAAGCUUGGGAUCAAUCUGAGGAGGAAUCGAGAGCUAUCGCUUGCGGCGUGGACACCCUUCGGAUCGGCGGCGCAUGCGGUGGUCGGUCGGGUUGAUCCGGGCGCGGCGGCGUGAUCUCUCGGACCUCCGAUCCUCACCAUGUGGUUCUCCUUCUGGCGGUCCAGGAAUCGGUUCUCCCUCGACGAACUACGGUACCUGACUGAUCAGCUUCAGAAGGUUCAAAUCGUAAAUGAAGUUAACAAGGAUUUUGUUGUUGAGGCUUUAAGAUCCAUUGCUGAGUUGGUAACUUACGGUGACCAGCAUGAUCCAUCUUUCUUUGAGUUCUUUAUGGAAAAGCAGGUUAUGGGCGAAUUUGUGCGUAUACUAAAGAUAAGUAGACCGGCAAAAGUUGCACUUCAGUUAUUACAGACAAUGAGCAUUAUGAUCCAGAAUUUAAGAAAGGAGCAUGCAAUUUGUAAGUAUUCUCUAUGGUUAAGAUACUGUAGUCUUUUGAUUUGGGUCUUGAUGUUUUUAUGGCUGUUUGUUGCAGAUUACAUUUUCAGCAAUGAACACAUAAACUUCCUCAUAACAUAUUCUUUUGAUUUCAAAAAUGAAGAACUACUAUCACAUUACAUAUCGUUUUUAAGGGCAAUAAGUGGAAAGCUGAACAGGAAUACUAUCUCAUUGCUUGUGAAGACUAGAAAUGAUGAGGUAGUUUCCUUCCCCCUUUAUACAGAGGCUAUACGUUUUGCUUUCCAUGAUGAAAGUAUGGUCCGAACUGCUGUACGUGCUUUGACACUAAAUGUUUACCAUGUUGGAGAUGAAAGUGUCAACAAAUAUGUUUCAAGCGGGCCAUUAUCAUAUUACUUUUCAAGUUUGGUCAAUUAUUUUCGUGAGCAAUGCAUCAAAUUGGAUGGCUUAGUCUCCGAAGCUGCUAAGAAUCCAGAUUCUUCCGAGUUAACUUCUGGCAUUCAUACUUCAGUGGAUGAAAUUGAAGACAAUUUAUAUUACUGUAGCGAUGUUAUUUCUUCUGGUGUUCCUGAACUUGGACGAUUGAUAACUGAAAGUAUUUUGCAUCUUUUGGUUUUUCCGUUGCUUCUUCCUGCUAUGAGAAAGCAACACACUGUUUCACAAAUAAGCCUUACCACUUCUUUAUAUCUAUUGUGCUGCAUAUUACAUAUUGUUAAAACCAAGGAGUUGGCUAGUGUUAUCUGCGCCACACUUUUUUAUCCAUCUGAGGCAUUUGUCACUAAACCUGAAGUGAUAGAAAAUGGGCGUGCAUCUGAGUCGAAUACCUCUCAUGAAGACCAACAACAGUGUCUAGGUUCUUUUAGUGUGAAAAGAGAGGCGGAGGAUUCUGGAGUUACCACGCUUGAUUCACCUAACUCCUCUGGUCAUACCAUGCUACAUUCUUCACAACAUAAUCUUCGUGUGUCACCUAUUACACUCAGGGAGUUAUUGCUGUCAUAUAUCAUUAGUGGAGAUGACAUCCAGGUUUUGGGAUCAUUGAGUUUGCUAGCUACAUUGUUGCAAACCAAAGAACUGGAUGAAUCAAUGCUUGACGGAUUGGGGAUUCUGCCUCAGAGGAAGCAACAUAAGAAGCUCUUGCUACAAGCAUUGGUAGGUGAGAGCUCUGGUGAAGAACAGCUAUUUUCUUCAGAAAACAAUACUACCAAAGAUAGCAUAAGUACUGAACUUGAUAGGUACUUGCAAAGGCUCAAGGAUCAGUAUCAUCUACCACUUUGUUGCGGGAAACUAGGAAUCAGUCCUCAAAUGCAAAGAUACCAGGUUCUGGAUGCACUAGUCAGUCUUUUCUGCAGAUCUGGUACGUCUGCAGAAACUUUGUGGGUUGGUGGUUGGCUUCUAAGGCAGUUGCUUCCACAUGGAGAGGAAGAAUUUACUUCUCAUCAUCUUACUCAACUCAAGGAUUCUCACAAACAGUCUACUGCUCAUCUUUUUGGGGAAAUUAAAGGAAUCUGGUCCGAUCUGCUCCUAACAGUUCUUAAAGAUGAAUGGAGGAACUGCAAGAGAGCAAUUGAGGCGCCAUCAAGUCGAAAAGAUCCAAGAGUCAUUCUCUCACCGUCACGAGUAGUUUCUUCUGGAGGUGAAUCUUCUCUUGUGGCCGGUGAAAGAAUGUGUGAGUUGGUUAAGGUUUUUGUACUUCAACGUCAACUUCUGAUUUUCUCUCUGGGAGGAUCCUUGCCUGAUCAACCUACUGUUGAUUCUUCAGUAAGUACUCCUGCACAUUGCCGAGCAACAACCGCGGGUCUCGAUGUUAUUGUUCCAAAGCCUGGAAAUGAAAUUACUUUAGUUGAUGCAAUACCUUGUAGAAUAGCAUUUGAAAGAGGAAAGGAACGCCACUUUUGGUUUUUAGCGGUAUCUAGGGAGAUGUCUGGUUGGCUACUCUUAGCAGAAGAAUUGCCCCUCAAGAAGCAAUGCGGUGUUGUACGUGUUACAGCACCCUUGGCUGGCUCAAAUCCCAGGAUAGAUGAUAAGCAUCUAAAGUGGUUACACUUGCGCAUCCGUCCAUCUACUCUGCCCUCCUUGGAUCCAUCAAAGUAUGAUGGCUUUGGGAAAGGCAAAGCGAAGGCUUUGGUUGAUGGAAGGUGGACCCUUGCAUUCAGGGAUGAACAAUCUUGCAAGUUUGCAGAGUCUAUGAUUAUAGAAGAGUUGCACCAACUGUCCAGUGAGGUGGAGAAAAGGUUAACGCCUUUACUUGAUGAUGAUUUUUCUAGAAAACCCCUGGAUCAUUCUAAUGCUUUGUUUGGAGAUACUGCUGAUAAUAUCCAGUAAUAAUUCUUUUUUAGGUUUGAGGUGGUGAUACUGUGAAAUAAUACUAGCUUUACAGGGUGGUGGGGUUGUACUGGUAUCUUUUGCAAAGCUCCACUACCCUUUUUGUAUAUGUUCAAAUGGUUAAAUUAUCAAAGUCUAGAGUUUAACACAUAGAGUUUCAGGCUCUCAGCCAUUUGUGUGUCAGGCAGUACAUUAUCAUUCUUUGUACAUUAACUAUGUUUCCUUGCAAAUAUUCUUGUAAUCUUUUGCUUAAAUAAUCAUUUUUUCACACUUGGGGAA